AAAAACUCUAUUGCAGAAGAACGCUUACAAUAAAUAAAAUCAAAACUCAACUGUAGAAGAACGCUUACAAGUGCCUAGUUUGAAAGAUUAAAAACAUCAAAGUUCAGUUGAUUUUUGAAUAGAGCUUGAUAAAAUUUCUGAAAAAUGACAACGACAGCAGCCUUUGCAAAUCCCACUCAGUUGUUACCUCUAGAGCUUGUGGACAAAUGUAUUGGUUCCAGAAUACAUAUCAUUAUGAAAAAUGAUAAAGAGAUAGUUGGAAUUUUAUUAGGGUUUGAUGACUUUGUCAACAUGGUUCUAGAGGAUGUCACAGAAUUUGAAAGCACACCAGAAGGAAGGCGAGUGACCAAGCUGGACAAGUUAUUACUUAAUGGAAACAAUAUCACAAUGCUUGUUCCUGGUGGUGAAGGCCCAGAAGUAAACUGAUCUUUUCUUUGGUUGACAAGAAAUGUUUUUGUUGAGAAUGGAUGGCUUCAUUGUUUGGGAAUAUUUUGUGUGAUUUUAAACUGUAAAUAUGUGUAUUGUUUUGUAUGAUUGGUUACAUUUGAAUGGUCAUUUUUUGGUUUACAAUUUUUUUAUAUCAGAAAAAUAAAACUUUCUCCAUGCUGACA